AUGAAGCUCUCGUUUUCCCUCUCUUCAAAACCAUCUUCCAACCUCAGAAACCAGCAACCCUCUUCUUCUAGAUCAUUCUCCGCCAACAAUCCCCAAAAUUCCUCAAACCCUAUCGAAAAAGAAUACGUCACCGAAUUCGACCCUUCAAAAGCCCCUUCAUCUUCCACUAAACAAACACUCAUAAUCCCUCCUAAACAAAACGAAUGGCGCCCCAUCAAACGGAUGAAAAAUCUCGACUUACCAGAUUCAACGGCCACAGAUCAACCACUCCAAUUCGAAAUUGACAACGGCGGCGCUACUGCCGAACCAACUGUAGAUGGUAUCUCUUACGGCCUCAAUGUUCGCCAAUCCGAAAACCCUAACCCUAACCCGAAUGCGAAUUCGAAGCAGUUGAUUGAUCCGAUGUUGCGUCAAUUUAAGGAGGAUUUGAAGAGGUUACCUGAUCAUAAUGGGAUUGAUGAGUAUACUGAUAUGCCUGUUGAGGGAUACGGUGCUGCUUUGUUGAAGGGUUAUGGGUGGGUUGAAGGUAGAGGGAUUGGUAGGAACGCCAAAGAGGAUGUUAAAGUUGUUGAGUAUAAAAAGUGGUCAGCCAAAGAAGGGAUUGGUUUCGUACCUGAAGUACCGAAAAAAAAGGGCGAAAAAUGUAGUGUUAAAGUAGAUAAUGUUGAGAAGAAAGAUCGAGAAAAUGGAUCGACAGGGUUAUAUGUAGGGAAAGAAGUGAGGGUAGUGAGAGGAAAAGAAAUGGGGUUGAAAGGGGUUGUUUUGGAGGUGAAAAGUGGUGGGGAUUUGGUGGUUUUGAAGGUUGCGAAACGUGAUGGUGAGGUGAAAGUUAAGGUACGGGAUGUGGCGGAUUUGGGUUCGGUGGAGGAGGAGAGGUGUUUGAAGAAGUUGAAAGAAUUGAAGAUUAGAGAAGAAAAGAGUAAUCUUGAUGAUAGGAGGAGUAGAGGCGAAGGGACGAUAGAGAGGAAAAAGGAAAGUAAAAGAAGUAGAGAUGAAAGGAGUGAUGAUAAGGUGUCUUGGCUUGCUAGUCAUAUUAGAGUUAGGAUUAUAAGUAAGGAUUUAAAAAGGGGAAGAUUGUAUUUAAAGAAAGGGGAAAUUAUGGAUGUGGUUGGGCCGACUUGUUGUGAUUUAUGUAUGGAUGAAACUAGGGAGUUGAUACAAGGUGUGGAUCAGGAUUUGCUCGAGACGGCUCUUCCAAAGCGUGGUGGUCCCGUUCUUGUUCUGUAUGGUAGGCACAAAGGUGUGUAUGGUCACUUGGUUGAGAAGGAUAGUGAGAAUGAGACUGGAAUUGUCCGAGAUGGUGAUACGAAGGAGUUACUCAAAGUGCGACUUGAACAAAUUGCUGAGUAUCUUGGGGAUCCGAGCUAUAUUGGUUAUUGAUCCUAGUCUUUGUGAGUAGGAAUUUGGCAUUGACAGGAUGAGGAAUUACUACACAAAUCAAAGCUUCCGCCAAGUUCCUUUGGUUCUUCAGUGAAACAAUUGAUGCACAAGUUUGCUCAAAACUCUAUUCACCAGUUUGACACUUAAAACAAUCCGCAGAAACAGAGUUGGAGUUGAUAGUGGUAGCAUUUUGGAUCUCCUAGCCGUUUCUCUAUCCUUCAUCUUGUAUGGAGUCACUGACUGCAGCAAUGGUAACUUAUCCCCAAAUUUCACACCAAAAUUGUAUAAAACCAAGUGGAAUGGAAAAAAGGAAACACUGGUCUGAAAACACUGGUUCAUGUAUUAAUGAAGGUGCUGAGCAGGAAUUCACGUUUGCUGAAGAAGACUCAUGUUGCUUAUACAUGUAUUUUAGCUCGUCUGGAUUGUACAUUUCGUAACUGCCUGAAUUUCUUUGAUAUAUGAGGGUUCUAAUUCGUAUAGUCAAUUUGGAGAUUUUUUUAAUUAAAAGACCACCGAUGGAGAUUGUAAUUUGGUUUCUCGUUGGUUAGGGAAAAAAUCAAAGCAGUAAAAUUUAAUCUUGUGAAA